CUGACAGGGUAGGCUUGUGCUGGUUACAGGCAAACACUGACAGAGCACUAAAGGCAAGACGUUUAGUACGAGUUACAGAGCGCCUUGGAUUUCCAUUUUCCCUGGACUUACAAAAAAAAUAAAAAAUGUCUGAAAGAUUUGAUGAACAAUUGUUGAUGAACGUUAUAAACAUGACUUUGAACGAUUCAUACAACCUGGAGCAGCAACAGGUAAAUUCUAUCGGCCACAAAAACAGCAACCCCUCAGCUUCAUCUUACCGGCGCUCCAGUUAUAUGUUCAAUAGCGCGGAACAGCUCGACGACGCCCCCUGCUGGUCGUUAGACAUCAACCCUUGGAGCCAGUCAGAACCCACCAAGAGUCUCCGUCAGUUCAGGACUGAUCGAUCCAUAAGCCUGACGGAUAAUAGUACCUCGGGAUUCGGAGGGACCAAGACCCUAGCUGUGCCUCCACCCCCGGGAUUUCCACCGCUGAGUGCCCAGACACCUCUCCCGUCCAACCGCUACAAGACGGAGCUCUGUCGAAGCUUUGAAGAGAGCGGCAUCUGCAAGUAUGGGAGCAAAUGUCAAUUCGCCCAUGGAGCCAGCGAGCUGCGUACCCUAAACCGUCACCCCAAGUACAAAACCGAGAUGUGCCGUACUUUCUACAACUUCGGCUACUGUCCUUACGGAACCCGCUGUCACUUUCUCCACCAGGAAAGGCUUGCUUCUUCUAACGGCUUGCAACUAAACCAGACUCCGCAGCCUCAGCAGCAAACGCGCCAGUUCCGCCAGAGUGUCAGUUUUGCCGGCUUCCUGGGUUCAAGAAACUCCCCUCCUCCAUCUCUCCAAGACCCGCUGGGUUUCACGCGUGCCCCGUCGGUGUCGCCGCCUCCUGCCGAGCUGCAUUUGCCAGUCUUUACCAGCGACGCUGCGCCACAGCCGACCAAGAACGCGUUCCAGUUUUGCAAAAGCCAUCAGAACCUGGGCGAAUUCAACCGCGUUCCUCAUAUUCUGGAGCCCAACAACAGCUCCUGCUGCCUCUGUGGCGUCGGAAAAAGCGUCCAGCCCCCCCUCGGCAAAAUGAGUCCAAGAGACGACCAGAAUGUAUUCGCUCCACGCCCCAAACUCCAGCGUUGCGCUUCGGAAGAUUCGCUCUCCGACCGGGACAGUUACAGCUCAGGCAGCCUUAGCGGUUCCGAAUCCCCCACCUUUGACAGCUUGGGGAACAGGCGGCUAGUGGUUUUCACUCGCUUGUCUGUUUCCGACUAAAACAAACAAAUCAGGAAAAAGAGAAAAAAAAAAAAAAAGACUUAAAAAUCAACGCAGAAUGAAUGAUGCUGAUAAACACUUUAUAUAAUAUAUUUAUAUAUUAAUAAUUACUG